UUCAGUUUCACAUGCUUAUAAUAUUUGUUAUUGUGGAUUUUGUAACAGUUAAUUUUUUAAGGUGUAAUCAUUUUUAUUACUUAAGUUGCUAAAUAGAAACUAUUAACGAUGGCGGAACAAGUAAAUCAACGUAUUGAGGGCAUGAUAAAUGAAUUAGAACAAAUGCGACGUACAAAUCUAUACGAGGAUGAAGAAAUAAAAGAAAUUUCACGAAAACGUAAAGAAUUUGAAUAUAGAAUACAGCGCAAAAUUAAAGAAAAAGAUGACUUCGUUCAAUAUAUAGCUUUCGAACUAACUCUUCUAGAAGAUAUUUCACUCAGAAGAAAACAAGCUAAAAUGAUGGAAAAGAAAAAAGAUAUUGAGUAUGCUAUCACAAAGCGUUUAAAUAAAGUAUUUAAACAAUUCAUAUAUAGAUAUCAAAAUGAUGUUGCUAUAUACUUUGAAUAUAUAAAGUUUUGCAGGAGUGUUGGUUUUGAUUAUGCUGUUUCUGCUAUUUUAGGCCAGAUGUUACAGGUUCACGGUGAUAAGCCGAAGAUGUGGCAGAUGGCCAGCAAAUGGGAGAGCAAAGAGCAAAAUAAUUUAGAAAAUGCUAGAGGAUUCCUUCUUAAAGGAAUUCACAGGCACCCUGAAUCUGACAUUCUUUAUUUAGAAUUAUUUGAUAUUGAGCUUAUGAUUGCCUUUAAAGCAGAAAAUGAGGAAGAAAAGGAGAAAUAUAUCAAAAGGGCGGAUGUUGUUUGGAGAAAUGGCUUGAAAAAUAUACAAGAUGAAGCAUUUUUAUUUAAAUUAUGCGACAUAGCACUGAAAUAUGGAAUUGAUGAUGAGAUUACAAAUUCUAUCAAGAAAGAAAUUUGGGAAAGAAGAUCAGAAAAGGGUGUGUGGUCUUACAUAGCCAUGAAAGAGUUGGAAGGCUACCACUGGUUAGAAAUUGAAGAAUAUGUUGAUGCAGAAUUAAGAUAUCCAACUGAAAUUAAUAAUUACAUAGCAAUAUAUGAAGAGGCUUUGAAACAAUUUCCAGAUGAAAAACUUUGUACGAAAUAUAUUUAUGGAGCUAUUAGUAUGAGAGAUGAACUUUGUACAGAGUUGCAAAAAAUUAAUAUUGUUAAACGAGCUUGGUACUAUGGACAUGAUAAUGGACUACUGUCAAAAGAAAUGUACACUUUUGGUAUUAAAAUGUUGAAAGUGGAAAAUGAAAUAUCUAAAGACGAAUACACUGAGAUUCUUGAUGAAGCAAUGGCAAAAAAUCCAAAGUAUAGGCUUUUGUGGGAAGAGAAAAUUUUGCUGAAUAAAUCUGAUGAAAAUAAAGUCUUAUCUAUACUUAAAGAUGCCUCAAAACAAUUGAAGUCUGAAGACUUAAUAGAACUGUGGAACUUUUUGUUUGAUAAUGUUAAGUCUAGUGUUUUGUUAAAAAAUUGUUACGACAAAUUUCAAGCAUGUGACCAUGCAGCAGUGAUGUCAUUAAAACCAAAACUUUUGCAAAAAAUAUAUGAGAAGAAUGGACUAAAAGCUGCAAGAAAUGUUUAUGAAGAUUUUAUAAAAACUCCUCCCACGCAAGCUGAAAUUCACAAGAUUAUGAUAGAAAUUGAGAUGUCUCAAGACAAGCCAUUACAAAAAUAUAUUAGGAAAUGUUACGAGGCCUUAGUACAGCAUCAUGGUAAAGAUAAUAUUGAAGUAUGGAUGGAUUACAUAAAUUUUGAACAACAAAAUGGUGCCGCUCAAGCUGUUCCCGCUAUUCAUAGAAGAGCUAUAGGAAUGUUAGAAAAGAAUUUAGUUGAUGAUUUUAUUAAAGGUCAAGCUUUAGCAAAAUUAAAAUAAAUUGACAGCUA